AUGGUGAGAAUCCAGACUCCCUCUAAGAAGCGCAAGCAGCUAAAACUUGGAGAUUAUGGAAUUGUCCCCAGCGCACCCACGAAAGGGCCUGCGCCGUGUACGGCAUCUCCUCGAAUUGAUACGUUGCAGUCCAAAAUAAACGAUGGGAUGAUUGUGAAGAAAAGUCCCAGCCGCAGCAUGCGCCCUGGGCUGUCGAAUUCGAAGGGCCUUUCCUUCAACGAUUCUACCAGCCCAGGUCGAAGCUUUUCCUCAACGACUGUAUCAACUGUGCCAAAUUCUCGUGUUACCACGCCCUUGACUUCCUUUGCAAGUGCUACGUUUAGGUUGCCAAGAUACCCGGUGAUGCGCAUCUCUCCCACUCUCAGGCCAUUAGAUGAAGGAAAGCUCAUUCCAAUGCUUUCGGACCUAGUGACCAAAGGCCCUUUCUCCAAACGGCUUGCAUGGUUUAAAGAUAUUCCCCUACGGCUUCGAUAUGAAGUUGAACGCUUGGCGCGGGCGUGUGAUAUCAUGCCUGAGACCAUACUCUCGGAAGAUAUACUUACUGAAGACCAAUCUUAUGAUACUCUUUCCCAAAUCUUGUCUCGUGGGCCAUACAAAAACAAGAUUGAAAAGCCAAAGUUGGGUGUUUGGAGGGUAGCAACCGAAAGCUACAUGGAUCCCGAAAAACGGACCAUGGUGGUUUUCAGUGGCCAGCUUGAGUGGAAGGAUGAGAGAUUGGUCCUAGUUCUGAACCCACUGAAGCUUGAAAAGAGCCACAGGUUCGCUCGAAGAUACGGGGCUGAUAGGUUCCUAGAGAUAUUACUUCCUUCAAAGCAUCCAACUAAAAGUGGACGUGAUGCAGAGAUCUUUGGGAAAGCCUUAGGCAAAUGGCUUUCGAAUGAGUACCAUUAUCUCCUUGGCCGUAGAUGGCGUGCAUUCUAUUUGGAGGACUUUAAAUCUAAGUCGAAGACAACUUCCUUCAGUGGCUCUGGGCGUAAAACAUUCCUAUUUGCCGUUGACGGUGAGGAUUUCCUUGGGACUCCUUCAGGGAUUUCGCCGAUGGAUGAGACUUCGGAGAACCACACGCCUAUGACGGUUGAGCAGCUGGUUGACUGGCACAUUCACUAUGCCAGGAACACCCAUCAGGAAUACUCCAAACUGUUUACUAGAAUCCGCCUAGGACUCUCGAGGACCACAGCAACCAUUACUCUUCGGCCGGAGGAAUUCAUUUACGAUGAUGAUCCAAGGCAAGAAAAAAUGAGCGACGGAUUUGCCAUGAUGUCCCGCUCGUUAGGAAAAGCAAUUGCAGAUUCCCUGUGUCUAUCCAAGGUUCCAACCAUUUUCCAAGGUAGAAUUGCCGGAGCUAAGGGAAUAUGGCUUGUUGCCAAAGAUGAUCACGACAUCCAUGUGAAGGGCCUUCGACAUUUUGAAACUGAGAGAGGAUAUUGGCUGGUCAUCAAUGCGUCCCAGCUGAAAGUGCAGCCUCCCCCUUGUGAUACCAGUUUGACGUUCGAUGAGCACCAAUUGACUUUUGAUGUCUCUUCAUACUCCCAGCCUCCCCAACCGGUGCAUUUGAAUAUCCAGUUUUUGAUGGUACUGCAAGACAGAGGUGUCAACAAGGAGUACAUACUCUCUCUCAUCCCGGACGAAGCAGAUAAAUUUUACAGCGAAUUCUUACUCGUCCAAAACGGAGAUUCUGUAGCCUGUCGAGCCUGGGUCAGGAAAAAUGGAGGAGAUGCGUCCUCUCAAAUCCUGGCUUUGAAUGAGAGUACUUUCCCCACUAACCACACUGCACAACUCAACGGGCUUCUUGAUGCCGGGUUUUCACCCUCGAACCUUGCAUUCGUACGAAGACUAUUUAAAGAGAAUUCUCUAGGUGGCUUUGUCCAAAAGCUUGAAGCCCUCAAAAUAAAAAUCCCACACUCGACCUACGUAUAUUGUAUACCUGAUCCCUAUGGUGUGCUUGAAGAAGGCCAGAUUCAUCUCGAUCUUGGGGAUAGCUGGGAAGAUGGCACCACGGACUUAGAUGGUAUCGAUGUGCUGGUUGCUCGAGCUCCUGCUCAUUUGCCUAGUGAUAUACAGAAGUGCCGAGCUGUAUUUCAUCCUGCACUAAGAUACCUGAAGCACGUGGCUAUCUUCACCAAAGGCGACGUUCCUCUUGCUUCCCUACUUUCCGGCGGUGAUUAUGAUGGUGAUGAAGUUUGGGUUUGCUGGGACCAGGAGAUUGUUAAACCCUUCGUUAACUAUCCCAUGCCAGAAAUCCCGGAACCUGAGGAAUACGGCCUCGUGAAGGUGUCUCGACGUGUCGGGGACAUGCCAUUCGACCGUUUCAUGGAAUACGCAUUCACUUUCAAUAUGUCGCAAAACCCUCUUGGCUUGUGCACCAACGAGCAUGAGAGGUAUUGCUACCAUCGGGGUGGCAUUGGUUCCCCUCUUGCAAUACAUUUCUCAGGUUUGCUUAGCCACCUUGCAGAUAUACGAAAGUCCGGGUACGAGUAUCCGGCGGAAAAUAGGCAAAAAUACCGUGAAAGCCUGGGCCCAUUAACCCUGCGAAAUCCAGCUUAUAAAAUCGACAAGGCAUCUGAGCAGGACGGAGAGCCUAUUACCUGGAAGUCGGACAAUAUCCUCGACUGCUUGAGGUUUGAAGUUGUUGAAACGGUUAAAGAGAGGAUCUACUCUCGCCUAAACAAUGACUGCCCUUCGACUAAUAUUCCCAAGGUUGAUGAAGAUCUCAUAGCAAUCUGGAAGAAAACUUGGGACCGCGCAAUUCAAGAAAGAAACUCUGGGUGUUCCAAAUUAUUGGAUGCUAUCAACAAGCUCCGAGAACAGGUUGAGGCGGCCUCUGAAACCUAUCGCAGAGUAACUGACAAGCUGUCCCAUGCAGCUAAAGUUACGUUUGCCGCUGAGUCCUUGAUGGCCAUUAAGCCCCCUGAUAUUGACCAUCCUGUUGCUAUUGUCUGGAGGGAGUCCGCUUAUGAAUGGAAGAACCUGCUGGCUUCAUGUGCGUACCAGUGUUCGCCAGAUUCCUGGUUUACAUGGCACGCCGCGUUCAAGGACCUUUGUCAUAUGAAAGCCAGAGCGAACGGCCCCUGGUACAGCGUCCAAGCGCCUAUCUACCAUAGACUGACAAUGAACAAGUCAAUGAUGAAGAAACUCGAGACAGAACGCCGUAAGGCAGAGGCAGAGGAAGAGCUGUUACUCCUGAGAUCUCUUGAGGAACAAGAAAUCCUCGAUAAUGAUAGCGAUGAUGACUGGUAUUCAGUUGUAUGA